UUUCGUACCGAGAGUCCUAUUUUUCCAAAUUUCCCAUGGCCUAUGGGUAGGGUCAGUCUGUUUACGCCAUAGAUUUCUCCUUAAAUGGACACCCUCCAACUCCAAGUCCGUAAUGUUACUCCGAAAAGGCAAAAUGCAUCGAUUCGCUUUCUCAAUCCUACUGUCCUUGGCGACGUUCCGAUGCGCUAUUGCGGAUUUGGUAUCUUGCGCUGGGAUAGUGCCGAUGACGUACCGGAGUGAGAACAUUACGAUUGCCGACUUCGGAGGCGUCGGUGACGGUCGGACAAUGAACACAAAAGCGUUCAAAAAAGCAAUUUACCGGAUUGAGCAUCUGAGGCGAAGUGGAGGCGCGCUUCUCUACAUUCCUGCUGGGGUUUAUUUGACGGAGAGCUUUAACCUCACCAGCCACAUGACUCUGUAUUUGGCCAAAGGUGCUGUGAUCAAAGCCACCCAGGAUACAAGCAAUUGGCCUCUGAUUGAUCCUUUGCCUUCUUAUGGUAGAGGAAGGGAACGUCCUGGAGGAAGAUACAUGAGUUUUAUCCAUGGUGAUGGGCUUCAAGAUGUGAUUAUUACAGGUGAGAACGGGACAAUUGAUGGCCAAGGUGAUACCUGGUGGAACAUGUGGAGGCAGGGAACUCUCCAGUAUACUAGACCAAAUCUUAUUGAAUUCAUGCACUCCAGCAGCAUUAUCAUUUCCAACGUCAUUUUCAAGAAUUCCCCAUUUUGGAAUAUUCACCCUGUGUACUGCAGCAAUGUUGUUAUUCAGUUCGUAACUAUAUUGGCUCCACGAGACUCUCCCAACACAGAUGGUAUUGAUCCAGAUUCAAGCUCUCAUGUCUGCAUUGAGGACUCCUUCAUUUCUACGGGAGAUGAUCUUGUGGCGGUGAAGAGCGGGUGGGAUGAGUAUGGCAUUGCUUAUGGUCGCCCUAGCAGUGACAUCACCAUCCGGCGGUUAACAGGAUCGUCCCCAUUUGCUGGAAUUGCAGUUGGAAGCGAAACAUCUGGUGGAGUAGAGAAUGUGUUGGCUGAGCACAUAAGCCUUCACAACAUGGGAGUUGGGAUUCACUUGAAAACAAACAUUGGACGAGGGGGGGUCAUUAGAAAUAUCACUGUGUCAGAUGUGUACAUGGAGAAUGCACGGAAAGGAAUAAAAAUUGCGGGUGAUGUUGGAGACCAUCCGGAUGGCAGGUUUGACCCGAAUGCUCUUCCUGUAGUGAAGGAUGUAACAAUCGUAAAUGUCUGGGGUCAGAACGUUGAGCAGGCGGGUACAGUACAUGGCCUGAGGAACUCACCAUUCACAGGGAUUUGUCUCUCUAAUAUCAGCCUUGGGGGCAGUUCAAGACCGAAUAAAACGCCUUGGCUGUGCUCUGAUGUCAGUGGUAGUGCAGUCGAGGUUAACCCGUGGCCAUGCUCAGAGCUGAUCAGCACCCAUCAGACUGGUGCGUGUUCUGUUCCUGUGGCGAUAUCUUUGGUUUAGGACUUCACUAAUGUGUGUCAAGCAAGUAAAAACAACCACCACGAAGUUGUCAGUUUGUAUUUGUCUAGAGAGAAGAGAAUUAGUUGAUUCAUCUUCUUGUAAUUUUAUUCAGCCUGUACCCGCUGUUGAUGUGAAACUUCCUUGAAAUGGGAAAUCACAGCAACUCAACAGUCUUUUUCUCGUUCGUCGUGCAUUGUAUUCAUUAUCAAUACACUAUGUAUCAAGUUCUUCGAUCGUGGCAACCCAAGUUUACUGUUUUGGCCU